CUUGUUUCCGCCUCGACUCGCAGCAGGCUACCCUCCUUAGAGACAGCAGAAGACAAGAGUACACCAACUUGGCUGUCCCCUUAAGCCCCACACAACAUAUUUGCCAUUAAUAUCUAGCAAUCGCCAUCUCUCGGCUGGAGAAACACGCCCUUCUUCCGUUUCGCUUCGCCAUGUGUCAAGCGCCCGCCGACGAUGUUGCUAGGGGCAUGCUCGGCCCAGUUGUCCCCGACGAUGUCGCCCUUGAGAACCUCCAACUCGUGCCGUCUGUCCGCCCCAUGAGGAUAUACGAAGUCCUCCUUCCUGACCGCAAAACACUGCACCUGGUCUUGCCGCCCGUCUCCAUGUGGCGGCCCCUGAGAGCGGAGCAGGGCAUGCUAACGUCUGAAGCCAUCGCGGUGCGGUGGAUCAGAGAGACUAUCGCUCGGGUGACCUCCGUUGGCGAACAGAAAGAAUCUUCAUCCUCCUCCGCCAGUCGCAACAUCACCACCUCCCUACUUCCUUUUCUACCAACACUCCUCCGCCUCGGCCGCGAGACCCACGCUCCGAACUCCUCCUUCGCCGUCUACGAACCUGUUAGCGGGACACCCCUUUCCCUCUUUUCUUCAGAGCCUGCACCGACAGCACGACGAGAAAUUGACCACCAACUCGGCGCCCUCUUCCGCGAUUUGAGCACUCUGACUUCGCCCACUGGCCGCUUCGGCCCCUUAGCGGCCGUUGUCGAUACCGGUUCCGGCACCGGCACGUCAAAACCGCCCGCCCCCGCAGGAAAGAGACCAAGACUUCCACAACUGCUAACCGAGAGCGGGCUAUCGGCCACGGGAGGCGCGGGGACAUGGUCGGUGGCGUUUCACUCCAUGCUGGAAGGGGUGUUACGGGAUGGCGAGGACAUGGCGGUCGUGGUGUCAUAUUCGACGAUUCGGAGGCAAUUUCGACGACUGGGGUACUUGCUGGACGACGUUACGACGGGGAGGCUGGUUGUCGUCGAGGGUGUAGGGAGGGGGAAUGUACUGGUCGAGGAAGUGGGUGGGCAACAAGAAAAAGAUGUGAAGCAGGAAAAAGAAGGAGACGAUAACGGGCCAGACGGCGGGAAAAACAAGGGCAAGGCGAUAGACCAGAAGGCGAGCGUAAAAAAGGAGGACGACACAGAAAAGGAGGAUGUCACAGAAAAGGGGGAGGCAGGGGCGACACAGGAGAAGAACGACACACAACCACAACAAAACCUGAAGCUCACCGGCCUCCGCGAUUGGAGUAGCGCCAUCUUUGGCGACCCCCUCCUCGCGACCGUCUUCAGCGACCCGCACCAACCGCUCCCUUCAUCCGCCUUCCUAGAAGGUUUCAACGACGAGAAGCCAAACUCCGACCGCGACUCACGGCACGCCCAACUCCCUUACCCCUUGAACCCUACCAUAAUAGAAAACGUCGACACAGCAGGGGUCCGGCUCCUUUUCUACCAGGUUUACCACACAGUAACGCGGAUCGUGAGCGAGUUCUACCGGCCGCGGCAAGACAGCAGUGCGCGGGAGCUCGAAGCGCGGAAGAAGUUGAAUGAGGUGUUGACAAAAUUGGCGGAAGUUCCGGAUAACACGAAGAAGAGACAUCAACGGCCGAGCGGGGAGAUGUCGCCCGCAAAGAGGCUCAGGGGUGCCGAGGAUGAGUAAUGCGGGAUGCGAUCAGUAACAACUGAGGGCAGUUGGGUGAAUAUUGUAUUGUAGAUAC